CCAUGACUGCGAGGUGAUGCAGUGGGACUCAUGUCCCUUUUAAAAAGCACACAGCGGGUCACGUGUGAGUGGUUGGGCUGGUUGCUGUGCACGGGGGAUAUUUUUAGGGCUGGAAUGUAAACCGCGGCCUAACGGGGGGGGAGCACUGACAUCCCGACAACAAACUUCACAGAACCCGUUUCCCCCCCCAUCUCACACGCACUAAUUUCUGAAGCGUGCUGCAGACUGUGUGCCCGUAUAUAUGUAUGAGGGAGGUAGAGCUGGAGGGAGAGAAUCAGGGGGCAGAAAAUGUGAAGUUUCAGGCGUCUCCAGCCGUGCCGUUCUGGGUUGGAGCCACAGUCACAGGACGCCGUUUCAGGACCCGAGCAGACUGGGACUAAGAUGGACUGUCCACCAGUUGAGGUCUAUCACUACAAGGACAGAGAGCUUUCCUCUCAUCUCCUAACACAGCUGAAUUACUUGAGGCAGGAGAGAAUCUUCACUGAUGUGCUGCUCUGCUCGGACGACAUGGAAAUCCCAUGCCACCGGAAUGUUCUUAUUUCCAGCAGCCCCUACUUCCGGGCCAUGUUCUGCAGCAACUUCAAGGAGAGCCACCAGACCAGAAUAGACUUGAAAGGCAUCUCCUCUACUGUCCUCUCUGGUAUCGUGGACUAUGUGUACACCGGGACCAUCUCUAUCACCAUGGAUCUGGUGCUGCCACUGAUGCAGACCGCGUCCAUGCUGCAGUACCACAGGCUCUUUGAGGCCUGCUCCACGUUUCUGCAGGAGCAGCUGAGCCCAGACAACUGCCUCAGCAUGAUCCGACUCUCCGAGAUCCUACACUGCCACAGCCUGCGGGAGAAGGCCAAGGAGAUGGCUGUGCGCAGCUUCUCAGAUGUGGCUGCCUCCGAGGACUUCUGCGAACUCACCCUGCCCGAACUGCUGUGCUACCUGGAGGACGAUCGCCUGUGUGCUGAGGAGGAGCAGGUCUUUGAGACCCUUCUGGCCUGGAUCCACCACGACCCCUUCUCCAGACGUGGUGCCAUCCACGACCUCUUCAAGAGGGUACGCCUGCGCUACAUCCAUCCCACGUACCUUUUCCAGUUCAUCGCCAAUGAUCCCCUCAUCCAGUCGUCCACCCUCUGCACUGAGAUCAUCGAGUCUGUCCGCCGGCUCAUGUUCUCCGUGAGCAUGAAGUGUAGCGGCGAGCUGGGGCCGCUCUGGGUGACACCACGCCGCUACACCUGCCACGAGACACUGGUGGUGGUGGGUGGACGCAAGAACAGCGAGCAGACGUCACGCGAGGCCCUGUUGUAUGACGAGCGUACCCAGCGCUGGCAGUGGCUGGCUAAGCUGCCCAUCCGACUCUACAAGGCCUCUUACGUCUGCAUCCACAGCAUUCUCUACGUGCUGGGAGGUCUGGCCAUGAGCUCAGGGGAUGGAGUUGUCAGCACCACCGUCUACACCCUGUCUCUCAAGACCAACCAGUGGAGGACAGCAGAGCCGAUGCUGAAGCCACGUUACGCACACCAGAGUGUAUCCUACCUGCACUUCAUCUUUGUCAUCGGUGGCAUCGGGCCCGACAAGCAGAUCUCCAACACCAUGGAGAGAUACAACAGCAUGUUCAACCUCUGGGAGCCCAUGGCCGCCAUGCCGACAGCUGUCUUGCACCCGGCUGUGGCCGCCAAUGACCAAAGGAUCUAUGUGUUUGGUGGUGAGGACGCCAUGCAGAAUCCUGUCAGGUUAAUACAGGUAUAUCACAUAGCUCGGAAUCUCUGGUCCAGGCUGGAGACACGAACUGUGAAGAAUGUAUGUGCUCCAGCUGCAGUGAUUGAUGAUAAAAUCUACAUUAUUGGAGGGUACACGAGACGAGUGAUCGCCUAUGACACCAGGGCCAACAAGUUUGUCAAAUGCGAAAACAUGAAGGAGCGGAGGAUGCACCAUGCGGCUACUGUCAUCAACAACAAACUGUACGUGACGGGGGGGCGCUACAUAAACAGCCACGAUGUCAUCGAAGACUCGGACUGCUUUGACUGCUAUGACCCCAAGACGGAUGUGUGGACCUCCAAGGGGACGUUGCCCUGCAAGCUGUUUGACCACGGCUCCCUGCCGCUCAUCUGCGUCUCCAACAAACCCAACCCGUCCUGAACGGCUUCCCCUCACCUCGGGCUACAUCACGGAUUAGGGUAGCCACCUGAUUGGUCCUUCUUCUUCAUAAGACCCUUGGAGAAAGACUGACUAGUGUGUCUGCAGCGUGUCUUAAACAGAAGCUGUUACGAAUGGUCAUGCAUGGGAUCCAUUCCAAGGCGUCCUAAUCACCUUUAUACGCAUCCAUGAGCAGUACAGUAGAAACCAGACUGUUUUCUCCAAUGGAAGUUGGUUUUCAGUGAGAGGUCUAUGGUUUCCCCAUAAACUCAACGGCUGGUUCCCCCUGUGGUGCAGAUCGUGAGCAUCAAUGUAGCCAUGUGACCAUGGAAAAAAAAACAGUAUUUAGUGUUUUGAAGUGGUAUGUUUUGUAACCCUCUGUGAAUUAACUCAGAAGUUCUGCACAUCUGAAAACUCUUAUUAUGGUUUUAAGACAUUCCUCCCAAGUGGACAUUCUUGUUGCAAUUCACUUAAAAAUGACUGCCUUUUUUUUUUCAAAGUAAUUUGAAGUGACAGACAAAAGUGAACUCCUAAAAUAGUUUUUUUUCUGUCACUAACUUUAUUAUUUAUUUGCUAACAAUAUAUAAGACACUGUGGAAUCCCAUCCAGGCUGUGGCCAGUGCUUCCUGGGAUAGGCUCUAGGUUGAAGGUUCAAUGCAGGUUCAAGUGUUUAUGUAAGAUGGAUGGAAGGAUGGAUAUAUAUGUGUAUGUACAUAUAUAUAUAUAUAUAUAUAUAUAUAUAUAUAUGUGUGUGUGUGUGUCUGUGUACAUAUGUGUGUGUGGGGGUGGGUGUUACAUACAUAUUACAUUGUGGGGACCAAAUGUCCCCACAAUGUGAUAAAAACCUGCUAUUUUCAUGUUGUGGGGAUCGUUUUUUUCAGUCCCCACAAGGGGAACCUCAAUUUUACACAAAUCUGUGACUUCAAUCAAAAAACUAAAAAUGCCAAAAGUCUUGUGUUUUGUUUGGUUACUUAUGGUUAAGGUUAGGUUAGGGCUGGGUAGGGGUUAAGGUCGCCAUGUUGGGAUUAGGGUUUCUCCUAUAGGAAUGAAGGGAUGGUCCCCACAAAGAUGAGUACAAACACGUGUGGUGUGUGUUGGUGCUGAAGGUCCAAAGAACAACACUGGCUCAUUAACAAUGCAGUUUUUUAAGCUGCUUUCAAAGUGACCUGGUGUUUUACUCAUUUAUCCCUUUUGAACAGCUGCACAUAUACAGCAGCUGAGGUUAAAUACCACACUCAAGGGCACCACAACAGGAUCUAGGCCAGAAAAUCCUCUAGUUAAAAGCUCCUGUCCUGUUCAGCCACAUAAUUUAAACUCUAUAUAAAAAUUCAACAACUCUCAAGGGAAGGCUUGUCGAGGCACAGGGACCCAGCACUGCAUACGACCCCAAGUGAGCAUGACAUCCCCAGCCUUUAAACAUAAUAUUUUCCUUCUCAUAUUAGCAGAUCUGCUUUAACAUCAAAAUCAGAGCAGAAAUAAUACAGAUUUUAGAUGACUUGGGGAUCUGAGAAAUAUGAAAUAACACAAAAUUCUGUGCAAUAUAUCUAAAGACUUGACCUUCAGAUUGAAGGAUUGGUAUGGCUUCCGAAGCACACGAUUAGUGAAUUUCUUCUGUAAGAAAUCACUUUUUCACAACAGCUUACUGGAUACAUCUGUUUAACGGAUGAUUGUAACAGAAGUUCAGUGUAAAAAUAUAUAUCACAGAAACAGAAACACAGAACACACGCUUAAUGUGCUCAGGGCACCAGAAUUCCCAUGUGGGUGCAUUUAUGGGAAUUUUCAAACAGAAAAAAAAUGAAUGUGACACUUGGACGGCUGAAGAGACUCCCGGUUGUAGUUUUCCCCGCAUCAUCGCAUCGCCAUGGUGAUGCCCCUGCCACCCUUUGACCCCAGCGUCUCUGUGGCAGCCAAGAUUUGCUCGUGUUUGUAUCGCUCCUCUGAUUUUAACCCUUCACACACUUCCACUCAGCACCCCCAGAAAAACAAAACAUCUCUCUUUUCAUACACACUUCAUGUUCUGUUUAUUUACAGUAGUCUUUUCACGGUAUGUCUUCUGAUUUAUAAUUGUGUCCGUUUUUAAAAAUUGCUUUAUCUAUACAUAGAAAUAAAAACACUUAAACCUGGAA